AAAUCAUUAAGUUGUCGGAGACAGCAGAGAUGGCGUGCGAUAACCCCGGGUUCACCUUUCGAUUUUUCGGCAGCUCUAGAGCUUAUUAAUUCAGUCAAGGCAGUCGGUCACCGGAAUUAAAACGAAGCACAACACGAUGCUAUUAUUUUUCUACAUUUGCCUAAUAGGCCUCGUGCUCAGUGCCCUUUCCUGGGCAGCGCCUACCGACGGGGAUAGUCUCAACCAGGACACACCGUACAUCAAGAAACUAUUGCGACAUGCCAAGGCCGCCGAGAUAGAGAGCUUCAUGAAUGAAAAGGCUGAUCCGUGCAACGACUUUUACUCUUUUGCCUGUGGCAAUUAUAGUCGCCUCAACUCUGCUUCAAACCUGAAGGUAAGCGCGACUGGACCGUUUUAUAGUUUGAUGGAAGGCCUUGAUCGCAAGAUUUUGAAGAUGCUCAAAACUGUAAACGAUACUCACGACACUCCGGAGGACAUUAAGGUGAAGCACUUCUACGAGUCCUGCCUCCGGAUCAAGGAGAUCAACUCGACUUACACCCAAAAGCUAAAGCAGCUGAUCGCCGAGUUCGGAACGAUGCCGGUGCUAGAGGGCUCCUCCUGGCAGGAGAACGACUUUGAUUGGCUGGGGACCACAGCACGGAUGUCUUUUCGUUAUGGAAUAAGCCCAAUUUUUGGUGCAGAGGUUGACACGGACUUUGCUAGCAAUAAGAAAAACAUGAUCUACGUGGCGGAGCAGAACUUUUUGCUAAAGGAGAAGUCUUUGUACGUGGAAAACGCAACUGCCAUAUACCGUGACAGGCUUCGAGUAAAUAUCCAAUUCAUUCUUGAGCGAUUUUUGGGUCUGAAAAUGGAACUGGCGAAUCAGACGGCCAGGGAGCUGGUCGACUUCGAGGUGGAUCUAGCCCGAGGUAUGGUGGACAAUAAGGAAGACCUAGACUUUGGGGACUUGGCCGAGCGACUGACCGUUUCUGAACUGCACGAGCGUUAUAAACCCCACUUGGACAUCCGAAGAUUAAUCUUUGAGAGCAUGGGAGAGAGGGACUUCCACACAAUCUACGAAUACAACAAACGUUAUCAGCAAAACCUGGUCGAGGUCAUAAAGCGUACACCAAAGCGUACUAUAGCGAACUAUAUGUUCUUCCGGCUGGUUCGGGAAUUUGUGGAGACGCCAGCCGACAAUCCGGAGAAGCAGAAACAGGAUUGCUUGGACAUCACUAGAAAGUACUUUUCCAGGAACCUGGACAACAUGUUCUACCGUCGCUACAACAACGACAAGUCCUCCAGAGAAAUCGAAAACAUGUGGCGUCAAUUGAAAGCCACCUUUAAUGAGACACUGCAUUCGAGUCCGGCACUGAACUGGAUCGAGCGACCCACAAGGAACUUGGCCAUCGCCAAGCUGCAGGCCAUGAACCUGGAGGUAAACAACUAUGUCGAGGUUAACUUCACCGAAGAGCUCGCUGAUCUUAAUCUGCAGAGUGCCGACUACGUUGAGAAUGUUCGGCAGGUCAAGCUAGUAAACGCUAGGCGAAUGCUCGAGUUGCUUCACAAGGCCGACAAACCGCCAGAGCAGGACGAGCAACUUAGCUUCACGCCAGCCUACACAUUUACUGAAAAUACUAUCAGAAUGCCGGUGGCCUUCCUGCAGCCCUUUUAUAUAUGGGCCGAUGUCUAUCCCAAAGCGGUGAUGUUCGGCACCUUGGCCUCCCUAAUUGGACAUGAGUUAAUCCAUGGAUUCGACGACAGUGGACGAAAGUUUGAUGCCAACGGAAACUCAAAUGACUGGUGGGACGAAGAGUCCAGCAGCAACUUCUUGAAAGGCAGGGAAUGCUUCACAAAGCAGUAUGGAAAGUAUGUUUACGAUGGCAUUCAGCUCAAGGAGUCCACUUCGCAGGCGGAGAACAUUGCGGACAACGGGGGCAUGCGUCUGGCCUACACCGCCUACCGGAAGUGGUACGAGUCCCAACUGGCACUGAGCAAUGGCAGCCAGGAUCUGGCCAAUGAGAGUUUACCCAACCUGCAGUACACAGGCAAUCAACUAUUUUUCAUAAGUUUUGCCCAGUUUUUAUGCAACGACCUUCUUCCAGAAUUAAAGGUACAACAGGUAUUCGCCGAUACCCACGUACCCGAUGACCUCCGCGUUAUUGGAACACUAUCGAAUUUCGAUGAAUUCUCGAAGGAGUUCAACUGUCGGGCUGGAUCACAAAUGAAUCCAAGCAAGAAGUGUAUUCUUUACUAGAUAGAUCAAAUGGUUUGAGUUCUAAAAUGUUUUUGAAAAUAUUUCAUCAUAUAACAAAGCUCAUUUAACUUAAAUAUAAUAAAGUUUGAAUAUUUACACAUUAACAAGCAGUCUUUUUAAAGAACAAUUUUUUUCAAAUUCUUAAAUCGAACGAAUAGUGGACAAUCAAGUCUUUAUGAAAUAUAUCGAAUAUGUUCAAUAUUUCAACCUUUUGACCAACAUUUAGUACUACUUGCGAAUUAAAAUCAUUACUCUAAUACGCUUUGUUUAUAUCCAAAUAUUUUUGUUGUUAAAUAUGCUUUUAAAAUGCGCAAUAUAUAAUUAAUAAAUUUAAGCUGGUCCAAUAUGGGCAUUGGCAUCCAUUUACUAUAUAUUUAAUGUGAUCCGUUUCCCUUUUGUACCUUGACUAUAUUGGUUUUUCAGAGAAAUAAACUACCGUCAUAAUUUAUUAAAUUUUCCUGACUAAUAACUAUACCAUUUUUAUACUCUAAUUAAAGAAAAUAUUCAUAUAUGCACAAUUUGUAUAAUAAAGUCUCUGUGUAAAGUUCUUAAUAGUGUUUCGGGGUCAACAUUUCUAACACCUCAACAUAGGUUUAAAUGUAUUUAUGUUAAUAAAGCUUAAUUUUGUGAUCCCAAACAGAUGUUGUGGGUUUUCU